AUGUGUGGUAAGAAGCAUCAAGUGGUGUGUCGUUUGGGCACAAAUGGUUGCUUUGGGUGCGGUCAGCAGGGCCACUUCUUGACGGAUUGUCCAUCAGCAAAGCAGAACAAUGGAGUCAAUGUAGCUCAGUCCACUAAUUCAGCAGCCCAUCAUAACUCUCAGGCUCAGCAAGGGCGCGGCGCAGCAAAGUCUAAUAAUGCAGGCGGUGGACGAAACCGCUUGUAUGCACUGGCAGACUAUCAGGAUACAGAGGCUCGUGGAGAUGUUGUCACGGUCUUAGAAUGGAAGGGUGACGCAGUAACACCUAGGGGUAGGUUUAUUUCCAACCUUAAAGCCAGCAAGAUGAUCUCCAAGGGAUAUAUCUACCACCUGGUUCGAGUUAAGGAUGCAGAUGCUCAGAUUCCCACUCUCCAAUCGGUACCAAUUGUAAAUGAGUUUCCAGAAGUGUUUCCCGAAGAUCUCCCUAGAGUCCCUCCCGAUAGAGAGAUUGACUUUGGAAUUGAUCUACUUCCAGGCACUAAGUCGAUAUCUAUUCCGCCUUAUAGAAUGGCUCCAGCAGAGUUAAAAGAGUUAAAGGUCCAGUUGAAAGAUCUUCUAGAUAAGGGAUUUAUAAGGCCAAGAAAAGCAAAUGUUGUAGCCGAUGCUCUCAGUCGGCGUUCUAUGGGCAGCUUAGCUCAUGUUGAGGCAGACAAGCAAACUAUGGUGAAGGAAGUCCACCGCUUAGCAAGUCUAGGAGUUCGACUUUUGGACUCCGAAGAUGGUGGUGUUGUUCUCCAGAACAGGGCUGAAUCCUCCUUAGUAGCUGAAGUGAAGGAAAAACAGUUCAGUGAUCCCUACUUAUUGCAGUUGACGGAGGGAAUUCACAAACACAAGACUAUGGCUUUUGAACAAGGGGGAGAUGAUGGUACUUUGAGAUACAGAGGCAGACUAUGUGUUCCAAACGUAGAUGGGCUCAGAGAGAUGAUUAUGUCAGAAGCCCACAAUUCUAGGUAUUCUAUUCACCCAGUAAAGGCUACAGAUUCGGCCGAGGAUUAUGCCAAGUUGUAUAUCAAAGAAAUUGUCCGAUUGCAUGGGACUCCCUUGUCCAUUAUCUCAGAUCGUGGUGCUCAAUUCACAGCAAACUUUUGGAAAUCCUUUCAGAAGGGAUUGGGCACAAGGGUGAACCUCAGCACCGCUUUUCAUCCUCAGACAGAUGGACAGGCGGAACGCACCAUUCAGACUCUGGAGGAUAUGUUGAGGGCAACUAAGGAAAUUGCUUCAGUAAAAGUUCUUUGGAGGAAUCAAAAGAUUGAAGAGGCUACAUGGGAAGCCGAGGAGGACAUGAAGUCCAGAUAUCCCCAUCUCUUUGAAGGGCAAAAGGAAAAUAUGGAAGGUGGGCGCCUGAUUACUGAAACUGGAAUUGUAGUCCCUUGUUCUCCAGGUGGGCUUCUAAUUGCUGAUUUUGAACUUUUUCUCCCUGUUCUCCAAGCGGGUACCUGA